UGUUUGACCGAGCAAGAUGAAAAUCUUAUCUUCGUUGAAGCUUUUAUUUUCCCUGUUAUCCGUCAAAGCCACUGAAUGGUACAAAAAUACCGUACAUUACUGGCCCUUCGAAGAAAUUUCCAACAGAACUGUCAUCGAUUAUACCGGUUAUAACGAAGGCCGCUUAAGGGGAAGUUUUAAUAUCAUCUCUGGCAUCGUUGGUGCUGCUCUGGAGAUUUCGGGGAAUAAUUCCUGGGUAGACUUCGGCGUUUUAUCAUCAGGUUCGUGCAUUAACGAGCCUGAGACAUGUCGAUCCGACUUUACAAUCGCUUUCUGGCUCAAAAUUUCAAACUUUCAAAACAACAGAGUAAUUCUACAGUUGGGACAGCAUCGUUUUUCUCGAGGUUUUACGAUUUGGACGCGAAGGAGUCUCAAAAAGAACAUAGGAUUCAGCGCUAACUCUUUGAAUCGUAAGCUCUAUUGGAUGCGAGAAUGGAACAGCGACGACUGGAAUCACAUUGCACUCAAAUGGGACAACAGAGCCGGUAGUUUGAGGAUUUAUUUUAACUGUUCUUUAGUUAAGGUCGUAAACAAAAGUGAAGAGGCUAUGCCUCUGGAAGACGAUAAAGCAUCGCGACAGAUUUUAGGAGCAAGCCAUGCGAAAAAGAAAAACACGAAAUUGAUGGUUGACGAAUUUGCCAUUUGGAACCACACCGUAUCCGACGACCUACUGUGCAGGGUGUUCAAAAUUCGGUCAGUGGAUGGAAAUUACAGUGAGUGGUCUGAUUUCAGCCCUUGUUCAGUAUCUUGUGGUAAUGGCACGAUGAAACGGACAAGGAACUGUAGCCAACCAUCACCGAUAAACCGCGCUCUCAACUGUUCUUCCAUUGGACACUCUGAGGAAGCAAAGUCGUGCUUUCUACAGGAAUGUCCGCUGAACGGAGGCUAUUCACAAUGGUCGGUCUUUGGAAAUUGUAGCAAGACCUGUGGUGGCGGGAUCAAGAAACGAAAUAGGACUUGUUCAAAUCCGGAGCCAGAACUCGGUGGUAGAAAUUGUACUAGUCUAGGAUUGGCUAUAGAAGUUGAAGAGUGCAAUGCACAACCUUGUCCCAUAAAUGGAGGGUAUGGUAAAUGGACGGAAUUUUCACAAUGCACAGUUUCUUGCGGAAAUGGAACGAGACAGAGAACUCGAAGUUGCACCAGUCCACAACCUAAAUAUGGUGGGAAGGACUGUUCACACUUAGGAUCAAAUAUAGAAAUUGCCAUUUGCAACAUUACGUUUUGCCCCAUCCACGGGGGCUUUAGCGAGUGGACAAAAUUCAGUAAAUGUACGAGAACAUGCGGAAAAGGCCUUCAGGAGAGAACUAGAACAUGUUCUAAUCCCGAGCCGAGUCGAGGAGGACAUAAUUGUUCGAGUUUUGGAGCAUAUGAAGAGACAAGGCUAUGCAAUACCCAACAUUGCCCAAUAAAUGGUGGCUAUACGCAAUGGACGAGAUGGGGUGAAUGUAGUCAGUCUUGCGGAGUUGGAAUUAAAAACAGAACGCGAUCCUGUACUAAUCCUAUUCCUAUGCAUGGCGGAAAGGAGUGUGAUGGAAAAACAAUCGACAUAACAGUUUGUAAUAUUCAUCUGUGCCCCUAUUCUCCAUGGUCAAGGUUUAGUGCUUGUAGCAAAAGCUGUGCUAAUGGUACAAUGAAACGAACGAGACAGUGCACCAAUCCACCUUCAUCUGAUGGAGGGAAUUGUUCUCUGCAUGGUCCAGCGAUAGAAAUUAGAAACUGCAACGUUUUUCCGUGUCCGAUUGAUGGUAAUUAUUCAUCUUGGUCAAACUUCAGUGUGUGUAGUAAAAGUUGCGGUAAUGGUACAGUGGAAAGAACGAGAAAUUGUUCAAAUCCUGAGCCGAAACACGGAGGCAUGGAUUGCUCUCCCUUGGGCCCCCCAAAGGAGACAAAAAGUUGCAACGCAUUUUCUUGUCCGAUACAUGGCAAUUUUUCUUCAUGGUCACUAUUUAGCGAUUGCAGCAAAAGCUGUGGAAAUGGGAAAAAGACAAGAACUAGAUUAUGUUCAAAUCCUGUUCCACAACAUGGCGGUAAAAGCUGUUCUGCGCUUGGACCUCUAAAGGAAGUGCGGAGUUGCAACACCUUCCCUUGUCCUGUUCAUGGAAACUACUCUUCGUGGUCAAAUUUUAGCAGGUGCUCUAAAAGUUGUGGUCAUGGAACAAUGGUACGAACACGAAACUGUUCAAAUCCUACGCCAAAGCAUGGCGGAAAAAAUUGUUCAUUGUUAGGACACUCGAAAGAGGUUCGAAGUUGCAAUGCAUUCCCUUGCCCAGUUCACGGAUGUUACUCGACGUGGUCCAAUUUCAGUGCGUGUAGUAAGAGUUGCGGAAAUGGGACAAUGUCACGAUUUAGAAAUUGUACCAAUCCGCAGCCCCGCUAUAAUGGAAAAAACUGCUCUUCGUUAGGGGCCCCAAUAGAUGUUCAACCUUGUAAUGUUUUUCCUUGUCCCGUACGCGGCGGUUACACACAGUGGGGAAACUUUACGCAGUGCACGCUGUCGUGUGGUAAUGGCACCAUGUAUAGAACAAGAAACUGUUCCAGUCCUGCACCUCAACAUCGGGGCGAGAAUUGCUCAAAAAUUGGACCAGCUGUAGAAAUAAGAGCAUGUAACGAGUACCCUUGCCCAAUACACGGCGGCUACACGCAAUGGUCUGCGUUUAGCCAAUGUUCGACGAGCUGUGGCAUUGGCACUCAUCGGAGAACUAGGCAAUGUUCCAAUCCAGCACCACAAUUUGGUGGUAGAAACUGCUCUCAGUAUGGUUUGGACAUCGAUGUUGAAAGCUGUUAUUUGAUACCGUGUCCUAUAGAUGGCGGAUAUAGCGAGUGGUCUAACAUCACUAAAUGUACCAAAUCAUGUAACGUUGGAAAACAUAGUCGCACUCGGCAGUGUAACAAUCCUGUUCCUAAACACGGUGGGCAAAAUUGUUCGAUUCUUGGUCCUGGGAUAGACGUACAAUCAUGUAACACGUUCCCUUGUCCUGUUCAUGGUGGAUACAGCGAGUGGAGUGGAUUUGAGUCGUGUACACGGACCUGCGGCGGAGGCAAGCUCAUAAGGAGACGCACCUGCACCAAUCCGUCUCCUGUUCACGGAGGAAGAAAUUGCAGUAGCCAGGGUCCAAGUAUUGAGUCCAAGUCAUGUAAUACGCAAAAAUGUCCAGAUAUUGUUUUCAAGAUAACAAUAAACUUGACGUCUGAGAAAUGGGACCCAAGUUUAGCUGCUGGGAAGGGCCGGAAGUUUGAUUUUCUGACGCUAAAAAUCCAGUUUGGGAUUAAAGAGAUUAUGGGAGAAAAGGCAGUAUCUAAUAUUGGAGAUUUCAACUUCAGAAAGGGAAGCGUCAUUGUAGAAUUCUCUGUCAACUUAUUUCACCAAUACUACCAAGGAAUUGCCGCUCUUCAAGACGCUAUCCAAGUUGAAGGAAAAAUAGAAGAAACCCUAACGGUCUCUCCUGUAAAUCUCACUUCACCAGAUGUCCCAAUUAUUGCUCCAGUCAAAAUCACCGCCACUAACUCAAGCUCCACUUCAGUUCUUUUAACAUGGCUACCAAUUCCAAAUGAGUAUUCCAAUGGGCCUAUUCUGGAAUACAGAAUUACUUUCUGGAAGGUAGGAAGUGAUAACUUAGAGAAACAAGGAGCAAUGCUAUGGAAGAAGGUAAUUGGCGGGGAAAAGCUGUCAUCACAUGUGACUAACCUGGAGAAGUUCACCAAGUACCAGUUUAGAAUGGCAGGUGUCAAUCAUCGAGGGGUUGGAGUGGACAGUGCACCAAUUGGAACAAGAACAGAUCAAGACAAGCCCAGUUCAUCGCCGUCGGAUGUAAAAGCCAGCAACAAAAGCAGUACAACCAUUUACGUUGAAUGGUCUCCGAUCCCCAAACAGUUUAUCCAUGGAAUUCUAUUGGGUUACCACGUUCAUUACACUAACCUGGAUCCCAAUGGAUACGAAGACGUCGUUACGCGUAUCUACCAGACUGGACCAAAUAGCACCUGGAUUCUGAUUACAAACCUGCUAAAGUUCACGUCAUAUCAGAUUAAAGUCAGCGCUUUUACAAUCAAGGGUGACGGGCCAUUGUCGGAUGCAAUCUUUGAACGGACACAAGAGGACGUACCCAGCCGGCCUCCAGAAAAUGUUACAGGCAACAACCUUACAUCCACAAGCAUUGUGAUCCGAUGGAGCCCAAUCUCCCGUCGCUAUGUGCACGGUGUUCUCCAGGGUUAUAAAGUAUCUUACGUAACAGCAGAUGCCUCGAGCAAUCGAUCAUGGAGUGAAGCUGUUGUCAACCAGUCAGCAACGUCAGCGGUUAUUGCCAAUUUACGCAAGUUUACGGUUUAUAUGGUAUCUGUUGAAGGUUUUACCAGCAAAGGAAGCGGAAUUGAGAGCAAAUGCAUGGCAGUGACCACAGAUGAAGAUAGACCCAAUGCCUUCCCUGGCAACGUCACUGGUUUCAAGAGCAGCUCCACCUCUCUUUUUGUUGAGUGGAAACAUAUCCCUCCACAACACUGGAAUGGUAUUCUCUUAGGUUACAAUAUUUCAUAUUUCCCUAAAGGAAUUUAUGAGGCAGUCUCGCAUCAGAUAGUCCACAGUUCAAGGACUUCAACUACCCUCAAGAACUUGAAGAAAUUUACGUGGUACAACAUAGGAGUGGCCGGGUAUACCAGUAAAGGACAAGGCCCUUUACCUCCACAGCCCUUAGUGAUACGGACAAGUGAAGAUGUUCCCAGCAAACCUGUAAUAACCUUGAAAGCUCGGAACACAAGCCACACAAGUCUCUUGGUGGAAUGGAGUCACAUUCCACCUAACUCCGUUCAUGGUAUACUAUUGGGCUUUAGAGUACUCUUCUGGCGAUUCAACGAGUCACGUGACACGUAUGAGAAGAGAGAACUUCUUCCUGAAGAACAUUCCGUCUAUUUGAAAGAUCUGUGGAUUUACACCAAAUAUAAAAUACAGAUUCUUGGUUUCACGUCUGCUGGUGAAGGCGCCGUGAGCGAAGAGAUUGAAGUCUCAACUGAUGAACACAUUCCCAGUCAAUCUCCUGUCAAUGUUCAAGCGAUGAACAAGACGAGUCCCACAAAAAUCCAAGUACAGUGGAAACCAAUCCCGGAUACAUUUUACGUCCAUGGUAUACUACGUGGUUACAGAGUACUGUACAGAGCAGUAGCCAUUGGGGACGAGACGCCCGACGAGCAGAUGCAAACAAAAGUAGUGACAGUGUCAAGAUCAAGCUUGUUUGCUGAUCUCGAAAAUUUGGAUGCAUACACUCGAUAUGAAAUCGAGGUUCUGGCAUUUACCAUCAAGGGAGACGGGGUGAAGAGUGAACCUAUUAGAGCAGAAACGUGCAACUGUUACAGCACUAUCUACUCUAAUUGGUGGAUCAACCCACCCUACGUUGACAGCUCAGAUUCCAACAAGAGCGGUAUCAUCACACCUAUACUGAAAGAAUCUGUGAAAUCCUGCUGCGGAAACUGCUCUGAGUAUGGAACCUCAGGAAUAGACUUUGAACACGCGGCCUCUCGGCGUCCUGCAACGAAAUGAGGGCUUGUUCAAUUCAAGAACAGC